AUGACUGUUGAAUGCAAAAAAAGAUGUAUUGGUAAACUUGGUUUUGCAAUUGAUCGUGGUGGUACAUUUACUGAUAUAAUAUGUUGUUUUCCUUCUGGAAAGAUUGAAAAACUUAAAUUAUUAUCAGAAGAUCCAACAAAAUAUAAAUGUGCUCCAACUGAAGGUAUAAGGAGAUUUUUACAAAAAUUUACUGGAAAAAAUAUUUUAAUUGAUGAACCUAUUCCAACAGAAAAUAUUGAAUGGAUACGUAUGGGUACAACAGUAGCUACAAAUGCACUUUUAGAAAGAAAAGGAGAAAAAUGUGCUUUAAUUAUUACUAAAGGAUUUAAGGAUAUUUUAUAUAUUGGUAAUCAAACACGUCCAAAUCUAUUUGAUCUUAAUAUUAUAAAACCAGAAGCUCCAUGUGAUAAAGUUGUUGAAAUUAAUGAAAGAAUUUUAGUUCCAAUAGAUAAUGUAUAUAAAGAUGUUGAAUUUAAAAUUGAUGGAUUAUAUGGUUCAUGUGGUCAUUUAGAUGGUUUGAUUAUUGAAUCACCAAUUGAAUCAUCAAAUAUUGAAGAACAAAUAAAAUUAUUAAAAGAUGAAGGUUAUACAUCAUUAGCUGUAUCAUUUGUUAAUUCAUACGCCUAUCCUGGUCAUGAAAGAUAUGCUGAAAGUAUAGCAUAUAAAUUUGGUUUUGAACAUGUAUCAGUAUCUCAUAAAGUUUCAAAUAUGGCAAAAUUUGUCCCAAGAACAUUUACUACUGUAACAGAUGCUUAUUUAACACCAAUAGUUAAAAAAUAUAUUGAAUCAUUUAAAAAAAAUUUUAAUGAUAAUUUAAAAGGAAUUAAUUUAGAAUUUAUGCGAUCUGAUGGUGGUUUAUGUGCAAUAAAUGAUUUUAUAGGAUGUAGAGCAAUCUUAUCAGGACCAGCUGGUGGUAUUGUUGGUGUAUCUAUAACAGCUUAUGAUAAUGAAACUAAACAACCAGUAAUUGGUUUUGAUAUGGGUGGAACAUCUACAGAUGUUUCUAGAUAUGCAGGAGAAUUUGAACAUACAUUAGAAACUCAAACAGCAGGUGUAACAAUUCAAGUCCCACAAAUGGAUAUUCAUACUGUAGCAGCUGGUGGUGGAUCAAGAUUAUUUUUUAGAGAUGGUCGUUUUAUUGUUGGUCCUGAAUCAGCAGGUUCAGAUCCUGGUCCUAUAUGUUAUAGAAAAAAUGGCUACUUAACUAUUACUGAUGCAAAUGUUGUUCUUAAAAAAAUAAUUCCAGAUAGAUUUCCUAAAAUUUUUGGUCCAAAUGGUAAUGAACCAUUAGAUUAUGAUGCAUCAUAUAAUGAAUUUGAAAAAUUAACAAAAAAUAUAAAUUCUUAUCUUAAUGAGAUGGGACAAUCAUCAUUAUCAAUUGAAAAUGUUGCAGAAGGUUUUAUUAAUGUUGCAAAUGAAACAAUGUCAAGACCAAUAAGAACAUUAACAGAAGGUAAAGGUUAUAAUACUGCAGCACAUGAACUUUGUAGUUUUGGUGGUGCUGGUGGUCAACAUUGUUGUGCUGUAGCUGAAAAAUUAGGUAUAACAAAAAUAAAAAUAUCACCACAUUCUGGUUUAUUAUCAGCAUAUGGAAUUGGUGCUGCUGAUACUGUUACAGAUACAAUAUGGCCAUAUAAUGAUGAUCUCUUAAUAAAUGAAAGAAAAAGACAAUUUUUAACAAAAAAAAUAAUAAGUAUGAUGAAAGAAACUAAAGAUAAUUUACUUAAUAAUGGUUUUAAAAAUCUUGAUGUUCAUCAUAAAGUUGAAUUUUAUCUUCGUUACCAUAAAACUGAUUCAACAAUACCAAUAAUUGUUGAUAUAUCUAGAACUGAUGUUAAUGGUAUAUUAAAGUUAGAAGAAUUAGAAAAAGCUAAAGAAGGAUUUGAAUUAUUACAUAAAAAACAAUUUGGAUUUGUUCAUAGUGAUCGCAAAGUAAUUGUUAAAGAUAUACGUGUUGUAGCAUCAGCAAAACGUUUUUCAUAUCCCAAAAUAGAAAAUAUAAACAAUAAUUCAUUAACUAAUAAUUAUGAAUAUGAAGAAAUAGUUAAAUGUUUUUUUAAUGGAAAAUGGAUGGAAACAAAAUGUUUAUUACUUGAAAAAUUAAAAUGUAAUAAUAUAAUUGAUGGACCAGCAUUAAUAUUAGAUUCUGAUUGUACUGUUGUUGUUGAUCCUAAUUGUAUUGCUACAAUAACAAAUGAUGGUUCAAUUAAUAUUGAUGUUCAAGAUAGAGGAUUAAAAAAUAUUGGUAUUAAUUUAAAUCCUAUACAUUUAAGUAUAUUUAGUCAUCGUCUUAUGAGUAUUGCUGAACAGAUGGGUAAAGUACUAGAAAGAACAGCAAUUUCAACAAAUAUUAAAGAAAGAUUAGAUUUUUCAUGUGCAUUAUUUGGUCCUAAUGGUGAUUUAAUAGCUAAUGCUCCACAUAUUCCUGUUCAUUUAGGUGGUAUGCAAACAGCAGUUAAAUAUUUAAUUAAAUUAAAAGGACCAGGUGGAAUUAAAAAAGGUGAAGCUGUAUUAUCUAAUCAUCCUAAAGAAGGUGGUUCACAUUUACCUGAUUUAACUGUUAUAACACCAAUAUAUAUAUCAAAUGAUAAUAUACCUGAUUUUUAUGUUGCUAAUAGAGGUCAUCAUUCAGAUAUUGGUGGAUUAGUUCCUGGAUCAAUGCCACCAAAUUCAACAACAAUAUUUGAAGAAGGUGCUGUAUUUAAAAAUGCAUUUACAAUUGUUGAAAAUGGUAUAUUUUUAGAAUCAAAAGUAAUAGAUGCAUUAAAUGAACCAAGUAAACAAAUUGGUUGUACAGGAACUAGACAAUUAGCAGAUAAUUUAGCAGACUUAAAAGCACAAAUUGCUGCAAAUCAAAAAGGAAUUUCACUUCUUACAGAUCUUACAAAUGAAUAUGGUUUGGAUGUCGUAAAAGCUUAUAUGAAUCAUAUUACAGAAAAUGCUGAAAAAUGUGUACGUGAUUAUUUUAAAUCACUUCAUAAUUCAUUAUUAACAUCAAAAGAUAUGAUGGAUGAUGGUACAAUUAUAAAUUUAUCAAUAAAAAUUGAUAAAAAUAAUGGUGAAGCAAUAUUUGAUUUUACAGGAACAGGACCACAAAGUAAAUAUAAUUUAAAUGCUCCUGAAGGUGUUGUUAAAGCAGCUAUUAUUUAUUGUAUACGAUGUCUAGUUGGACGUGAUAUACCAUUAAAUCAAGGAUGUCUAAAUCCUGUUAAUAUAAUAAUACCACAAGGUACAAUAUUAUCACCAAAUGAAGAUGCAGCAGUAGUUGGUGGAAAUGUUUUAACAUCUCAACGUAUUUGUGAUGUUAUACUUAGUGCAUUUGAAGCAUGUGCUGCUUCACAUGGUUGUAUGAAUAAUAUAACAUUUGGUAAUGAAUAUAUGGGAGGAUAUUAUGAAACAAUUGGUGGUGGAUCAGGAGCAGGUAAAAAUUUUAAUGGAAGAUCUGGUGUUCAUACACAUAUGACAAAUACAAGAAUAACUGAUCCAGAAAUUGUUGAAGCAAGAUAUCCUGUUAUUGUAAGAGAAUUUUGUAUAAGACAAGAUUCAGGAGGAAAAGGAAAAUAUAAUGGUGGUAAUGGAAUAAUAAGAAAACUUCAAUUUAGAGCUCCAAUGACAUUAUCUGUUUUAACGGAACGUCGUAUAACAAAACCAUUUGGUUUAAAUGGUGGUAAUCCUGGAAAAUGUGGUGUUAAUUCAAUAAUAUCUUUAAACGGUGAUAAAAAAGAUAUAGGAGGUAAAAGUACUGUUAAUGUUUCUGCUGGAGAAAUAUUAGAAAUAAAAACUCCAGGUGGAGGUGGUUAUGGUAUUCCAAAUACCUAA